CGGAACGCGCGCACGCGUUUUCAAAUUUGGAACCCAAAAAGAACGGAUAACGUGCUUUUUGAAUUCGAACUGUGUUUUGUGUUCUAUUUGUGAGGUUGUGUUUUGUUUUUGAGGAUUUUGAAAAGAGAAUACGGUUGGCAGCGAAUUAGGUUGAGUUUCGUCAGCGAUACAACCACUCCAAAAACUCAAUUAAAAUGAGAAAGAAGAGAAAACAAAGAAUAAAACAUAAAUAAAAAACUAAAAUUGUAUCCAAAAAGCAUUUAUGUCAAAAACUUUAUCACGUCUGUGGCCUGCCAGAUAGAGACUGGGUGUUUUCAAGUGAAUUUCAAAUACAAAAAAAGUAAAACCCGUCGGUGUGUACCAUAAAAACAACUUACUUUAAAAAAUAAACGGCCCUUUUCAAAUUCCGAACGCAAAUAAGUAAUCGAAGUUUAAAUGAUUGCUUUUGUUUAAACAUUUUGGGACUGCUGCCUUCGGUUGUUUAUUUAGCUGCCUCUAAAGAGGAUUUUAAAAACAAGACAGUGAAAGAAUAAACAAAACUCGAACGCAUUUACCGUAAAGACUACCAUUAUUUAAAUACCGUUCCGUUCUGUGUUCAAAUUCGAAAAUUCAAAUUAGGAACGAAAAUUAAAGCGUGCUACUAGCGGUAAUACGCGCACGAUUUUCCGCGUGAAGUUUUAGUGUUACCAGUUAAGUUGUGGUGUCAAAGUGGCUGGAGACGAGCAUUUGGACAUGCUGGGGGGCCCUGAGUGGGGACAGCGGGAGGCCACCCCACCUAGAGAUGCCCCCCUGCCGAGUUUUGGCUUCACACAGGAGCAAGUCGCGUGUGUCUGCGAGGUCCUCCAACAAGCCGGCAACAUCGAGCGCCUCGGCCGCUUCCUCUGGUCGCUGCCGGCGUGCGAGCGACUCCACGCGCACGAGUCGGUGCUGAAGGCCAAGGCCAUGGUAGCCUUCCACCGCGGCAACUUCAAGGAGCUGUACCGGCUGCUGGAGUCGCACACCUUCAGCGCGCACAACCACGCCAAGCUGCAGAGCCUGUGGCUCAAGGCACACUACCUAGAAGCGGAGCGGUUACGCGGGCGGCCGCUAGGAGCGGUCGGCAAGUACCGAGUCCGGCGCAAGUUCCCACUGCCCCGGACCAUAUGGGACGGCGAGGAGACCUCUUAUUGUUUUAAGGAAAAGUCCCGGUCAGUUCUCCGGGACUGGUACCUCCACAAUCCCUAUCCUUCACCCCGGGAAAAACGGGAACUGGCCGAGACUACGGGACUCACUACUGUUCAGGUUUCAAAUUGGUUCAAAAACAGACGGCAAAGGGAUCGGCAAGCAGAACACAAAGACAGGUGA